AUGAGGCUCUAUCUCUCAGCAGCUUUCUUCCUCUUCCUCGUUUCGAUUUCAGAGAUCGAAUCGUUCAUUUCAGCUUCCAAAGGGACCUCUUCUGCAGCCCAUCAUCAGCUGCACCUUCAGAAGACUCGGAAAGUUGAUCGUCAACUCCACCAUGGCACCUCCUCUUCUUCUCUUCAUGUGCAGCUUCAAGGGAAUCAUCAAAAUCCUCUGCUUACAGCUCCGUUGUCUGAUCAUGGCGAUCCAAGAUUCGGUGUUGAGGAGCGACUGGUUCCCAGUGGGCCAAAUCCGCUUCAUAAUUGA